AAACGAUGUUAUAGCUGGUUUAGAGAAGGACAUGCGCUGAAACACAACAGCAAACACAAAGCUAACACGGCGGAGAAUUAAAUUAUUUGACUCAAAAAGUGAAGUUAGUCGACUGAAGACAGUGUGAAAGGUAAUGCUAAGCUAAUGCCUGUAGAGGAGGUUUGACAUGCCAGAGAAAACAACUCGUGUGAAGAUAAUUGUUUUUGGUGCCAAGAAGCCAUAAUGUCUGAGCAUAUAGUAGCAGGUUCCCAUUACAGUACGGCAUUUGAUGCUUCGUUAAUAUUAAAAAUAUGUCGGUCAUAUUUAGUAUUUCCAUACUAAAUGAUCAGAUAAUUUUUUAGUAGCCAUGGCAACGGACUCCUCACUCCUCAACUCUGAGCUGGAGCAACAGCACCAAGAGGAGCUCUACCAACAGCUGCUGCAGACAAUGGGAAAGAUCCACAGCGCAAUUCCAGACACCAAAGUAAUACGACCACAACCUGGCAUGUGUGUAAAAACAGUCUCUGAACCAGACAAACAGAAGGUCUUUGUAAACAUUUGCCAGUCCAACUCAGUCCCACCUCCACCAGACCUUUCAAGAGAGGACCUUGAAGAGCUGCUCCAAUCGGAAGAUCCCAGUGGCUACAGAGUUCCCAUGAGCCUUGGCGAACCACACACAGAAGUAGACAACAGCUCUCAGGGUUGCACAGCUUACGAUGUCGUGAUCAACCAAGAGUUCUUUCAGAAGUGCCAGGAGGAACUCUUGUUUCAGCAGUUUGUUAUUCUGGUGUCAUUUGAAGGUUUGGAGAACAAAUACAAGCUAGAGCUAAGUAGGGACUGGAAGGUGUUGAAGAACAGAAAGUUUUUGGGUUCUGUUAGUGAGCAAAACAUCCGAACAAAGAGCAAACCAGUGAUCCAAGAGUUGCAGCCUCAGGAGAGCUCCACUGCCUCAGCCAAAAGGCCAGAGUUCCUUUUACUUGUGGAACCUUCUUCUGGCAAUCCUGAAUACCUUAUUGCAGAAAUAAAGCUGCCUGGGGUGCUGUCAUCUCGCUCUCUGGUUCUGGAUGUUGGAGAGGACCACCUGAUUUUAACAGCUCGGCCCUCGCUCUUCCAUCUCGACACCUUUCAUGCCUUCCUCAUCAAUCAGGAGAACAGUGUGGCACAGUUCAACAAGAGCACUCAGAUCCUAACAGUCAUUAUGCCUAUAGUGUCUUCAUGAAUGUGAAAAAGAAAUCUGUAGUACGUUUUUUCUUAAAAUAGUAAUAAAAAUGUUUUUAAUAAAAUUUUGAAACAUC